UCAUCCUCACCGUGUCUUCCUUACUCUUGGUUGUAAUGGUGAUUGUUCUAAUAAUCGGCAUUAAUCACGAUGAUGAUGAGUUCAACAAGAGCCACGGUCGUCAUAAUAGAGAUGUUUUGACCACUGCCAAAGCUAUUCAAAGCAUCUGUCAACCAACAGAUUAUAAGGAAGCUUGUAUCAAGAGUUUGGCUAAAGCCAAUUCAACUGACCCAAAGGAAUUGAUUCGUGUCGCUUUUCAUGCUACAAAGAAUAUGAUUUUGGAAGCUUCUCAUAAUUCUACACUUCUCAAACAUCUUUCUCAAGAUCCUAGGACUAAGGUAGCCUUGGAAGAUUGUCAGGAAAUGGCACAAACUGCUGCCAAUGAUCUCGAGAGGUCCUUAAACAUGAUAUCGAAUAUCGAUCAUGUUCUACAUUUGGAUAUUGUCUUAGACAACUUGAAGAUAUGGCUUAGUGGGGCUUUGACGUAUCAACAAACGUGCUUGGAUGGUUUUGAAAAUACGACCGGGGUUGAAGCAGGGGAGAAAAUGCAACAAUAUUUGAAAAUGGGCAUGGAGUUGACAAGUAAUGGUUUGGCAAUGGUUGAUGAGAUCUCACAAGCUCUAUCUUCACUCAAUCUCGAUCAAAACCUCGUCCAUCGAAGGUUACUCUCGGAUCAAAUGCCAUCGUGGGUAGACGAUCUCAAACCUAAUCUAGUCGUGGCCAAGGAUGGAACAGGGGAUUUCACCAACAUAACUGCAGCCCUCAAUUCAAUUCCAAGAAAUAGAGAAGAGACUUUUGUUCUAUACAUCAAGGCCGGAGUGUACGAGGAGAAAGUUCAAGUCGAUAGGAAUUUGACUCAUUUAGUCAUGGUCGGUGAUGGCCCAACCAAAACUAAGAUAACCGGGCGCCUUAAUUGGGUAGAUGGAGUCUCCACUUUUAACACCGCAUCCGCGGUUGUGUUGGGCGAUCAUUUCAUCGGAAAGGACAUUGGAUUCGAGAACUAUGCUGGUCCCGAGAAACACCAAGCCGUGGCACUAAGAGUCGGGGCUGACAUGUCGAUAUUCUAUAACUGCCAUAUUAACGGUUACCAAGACACUUUAUAUGCCCAUACUUAUCGUCAAUUCUACCGCAAUUGUGUCAUAAGUGGAACAAUAGACUUUAUCUUUGGAGAUAGUGCAGCCGUCUUUCAAAAUUGCACCAUGUUGGUUAGAAAACCGUUGGAGAACCAAGCCAACAUUAUAACCGCACAUGGUAGGAAGGAACCUCGACAACCAACGGGACUUGUCUUGCAAAAUUGCAAAUUGGUAGCCGAUCCAACUUACUAUCCGGUUAGAUUCGCGAUCAAGACUUAUCUCGCGAGGCCUUGGAAAGAGUAUUCGAGAACGGUUAUCAUGGAGAGUUUUAUCGAUGAUUUAAUUGCGGAUGAAGGUUUCUUGCCAUGGGGUGGAACAUUUGGGAUAGACACUUGCUACUAUGUUGAGUAUAACAAUAGAGGACCCGGAUCAAUUAAAUUUAACCGAACUAUUUGGCCAGGUAUUAAGGAGGUCGGUAAACACAUAAUCAAAAAUCAUUUCAUUGCUUCCAAGUUCCUCGAUGGAAACUCUUGGAUACCCAAAACCGGGGUACCCUAUUAUCAUAGCCUCAUAUACCCAACACCCGCCGAUAGACCGAAUGCCAUAAAAAACGACAAAAUGUUGGUCAAUGAACGAGAUAACUCGCUAAAACAAAACUUUGAAAAUUUCACCAGGAUUAUUAGUCCCGUUUCGUUGCCUAAUGCCCCAACACCAUCCCCAUCCCCAUCCUCAAUCCCGGUUCUCAAUAUUCAAGCCCCGGCUCCGAGCCCGAAUCAUCCACAUGGGAAAGGUCAUCAUCGCCAUCACAGGAAAUCGUUUGUGAGUCUAAUAUAUGGUAGUCACUAACUAAGGAGAUCUAUCAUUUUCGAUGUUUCAAUUUUAUCUAUUCUUCACUGUUAUUUUUUGUGUUGAUUUGAAGAAUGGGGUUUUAUUAUAGCUAGCCUUGUGUGGCUAUCUA